AUGUCUUCAUUCACAACAAUCCCACAAUUCACGCAACCAAUCUCAAAAACUUCCCCCAUUGGAAUUAUCGGUGCAGGCCCUGCCGGCAUAUCAAUAGCUUAUAAUUUACGAAAAGAAGGAUACAAAAACAUCACGAUCCUUGAAUCAUCAUCACACAUCGCAGGGAAAUCCGCUACCUUCUAUCAUGAAAAUAAAGGUUAUGAUGUAGGAGCAUUGAUGGUCGGCCAUAAUUACACGAAUAUAAAAGCUCUCGCCUCUGAACUUGAUUGCCCUCUUGAAACAUUUUGCGGCCGUGCACUCGAUAUCGAUAAUAAUACCUACUACGUAGAUAACACAGAUAAAAUUGGUAUCUACCCCAAACUGCUGCCUAACCUAAACCAUUACUUGGAAGAGAAACAAUCCUUUUUGGAUAUCUCUCGACCUGGUCAUGGUCAAUUAAGUGAAUGUGAACUAUACGCACCCAUCACCCAAUUCUUAAAGGACCGAGACAUGCCCUAUUUAAAGGACGCUUGGAGUUUGGCUUACACCAGUGCUGGAUACGGUUACGUUGAGGAUGAUAUUCCAGCAGCCUACUUCCUCAAAUUUAUUGAAAAUUCCGAAAAUACGAUUUCGUAUUUUAAAAACGGUUUCCAAGACUUUUGGUCAAAGAUGGCAGAGAAACUCAAUGUGAUAUGCAAUGCCAAAGUCAUAUCGGUUGAUCGUUCUCUCAAACAACAAAAUUUAGGACCAAUACUUGUCACAAUUCAAAAUUCCCUCCAAGACUUCUCCCAAACCCUCGCAUUCGACCACAUCAUCAUUGCCACGAACCCUCGUCAAACCGAACAAUUCCUUUUACCAACUCCGGUAGAAAAGGACCUCUUCUCAAAAAUCAUCACCUUCGAAUUUUAUACAAUCAUCGCCACAGUCAAGAAUCUACCAACAAAAGUUGGGAUGACAACCAUCCCAAAGUUUUGUUCGGAUAAACGUUAUGUUGGUCACAUCACUGCGUAUUACUGCGCUUAUGAUGGAGUUCCAACUUACAUCUUCUAUGCAUACGGAAAUAAAGAAAUCGGUCCUGAAAAGGUUACCGAAAUGGUCAAACAAGAUAUUAUAGAUAUGGGCGGAGACCUAGAGGAAAUACAUUAUAAUAAACGAUGGGAUUUCUUUCCUCAUGUUUCCUCACUAGAAAUGGCAAGAGGCUUUUACAGCAAGGUUGAGAACAUGCAAGGACAAAAUGGAACUUUCUAUGUCGGUGGCUGGUUAGACUUUGAGCUAACCGAGAAUUGUGUAUCCUAUUCACGUGAUUUGGUCAGGCGAUUCUUCAACCUUUCCAAUAAUCCAGAAAAAUCGGCACAUUUACCAAUCCAAUCGCAAAUUGAGAUCAAGCCUGCCUCCACGCUUAAUUGGGGUAUGGUGUUACGUUUAGCUGCCAAACGGUUCCCUAAUAAAAUCGCCUUCACCUGGGUCGAUGUUAACAUCCGGGCGGAGGCGACGAUCUCAUAUGCACAAUUAUACAAGCAGGCCCGAUCUGUGGCUCACUAUUUAAGGAAUAAAGCGGGACAUAAAGUUGGUGACCCAAUCUUACUAUGUUAUGCCCCCGGUCUUAAAUUCCUUCCGAUUUUAUUUGGUUGUAUGUUAGCAGGAAUAAUCGCUGUUCCAAUAGCCCCACCAAAUCUUGCAACGGCCGAAAAAGAUAUUGCCAGGUUCAAAUAUUUAGCCCAAACUACUGGUGCAAAGUUAGUAUUUUCGGACCGAAAUUACAUGAAUUAUACCAGAUUGUACGCCGCUAGUAGUUUUAUUGGGAUCGGAAAAAAGGUCGACUGGCCUGAAGAUUUAACUUGGGUUGAAGGAGAAAGCAUCGUUUCAUCAUCGGAACUAUUUGAUGAAAAAUUAAUUGAAACAGUAGGAUGUGAAAACGUUGCCGUUUUACAAUUCUCUUCCGGAAGUACGGGGGAUCCAAAAGGUGUCAUGUUAACCCAUAAAAAUCUCUUACACAACGUGGACCUGAUGCAAAAUGAAAUCAACCUGGAUGAGGACAGUACGAUAGCCUUCUGGGUACCACAAUUUCAUGACCUUGGCCUGAUCGGGGGUUUCUUAAAUACGAUUCGGGGAGGAUGUCAGUCAGUCGUUAUGUCACCUUUAACAUUUUUACAAAAUCCUGCCAGCUGGCUUCAGAUGAUAACGAAUUAUCAAGCCACGUUUACUGCGGCCCCAAACUUUGCCUACGAAUUAGUGGCUCGAAAAUGUGAAGAUAAGAUUAUUGGAAAGUUGGACUUCACCUCAUUACGUGGUGCUUUUAAUGGUGCUGAACCUGUACGUUGGUCAACCUUGAAAUCCUUUGCCAAAAAAUUCGGACCCGCAGGAUUUAAACUUUCAACAUUCAAGUGCCUUUAUGGCUUAGCUGAACAUUGUGCUUACUCGGUAGGGUUCAGGAACAAACAUGAUAUUCCAACGGUUAUAGACAUCGAUCCCGAUUUACUUCGUGAAGGACGGGUUAAAAUUCAAAGUGGACAUCAAGAAAAUAAUAUCGUUUCAACUGGUGUGCCUAAUUUGGCCAUGCAAGUUGAAGUUAGAGUUGUUGAUCAAGAAACCAGCCAACUUUGUUCUCCAAACGUUAUUGGUGAGGUUUGGGUAUCUAGUCCUAGUGUUGGAAAGGGUUAUUAUGGAAAGAAGGAGAUAAGCGAAGACACAUUCAAAGCAAAGUUGGGCAAUAACGACCACGGUAAUUGGGUUACUGAUAGUGGAAGUUUCUUAAGGACCGGUGACCUUGGAUUCCUACAUAAUGGGGAACUCUUUAUUACAGGACGCCAAAAGGAUGUGAUUAUUAUCAAUGGUAAGAAUCAUUACCCACAGGACAUCGAAUUGACAGUUCAACAAUGUCAUAAUGAUAUUCGACCUGGAUGCAUUUGCGCAAUCAAUCAUUCCGAUGCCGAAAAUGGCACAGAGUCGCUUGUCGUCCUCGUUGAGAUCAGACAACAAAAGGUGAUUCAACAAGAGACCUUACAAGAAAUUUGUGAUUGCAUCUCACGAGCCGUUCCAGGAAACCAUGGUCUUCCAUGUCAACGCAUUGUACUAUUAAAGCAACAUAGUUUGCCAAAAACGACUAGCGGAAAACUUCAACGCUCCAAGGCAAAGGAUAUGUUAUUUGGUGGCCUAAUGGAUAAAAAGAUUCUUAUCAGUAUCGGAGAAGAAUCCAAUGAAGUUCCUUCAAAAUCACGCAGCAGAAAUGUAAAAUUUUCUCCACAAGCACCUAUAGUAGACUUGAAAUCAAUUGAACGAAAGAUAUGCGUUCAUGUUCACCGAAUUUCUAAAUUGGCAGCCAAGAAACCAGUUAGUGAAAUCGAUGUUCAAGCCAAUUUAAUCACGUCUUACGGGUUCGAUUCACUCGGAGCUGUGCAAUUAACGGCCUGCCUCAAAGAAGAAUUUGGCAUUGAAGUCGCUCCUGCUCUUUUGAUGGAUUUACCAACAAUCUCUGGAUUGGCUGGACAUGUAUUAAAACAGUUACCUCCUCCUUCAAACAUCGCCAGUCAUGUGCACGCCAUUUCAAAAGUGGCAGGAAAGAUCCCCAAAAAUCAACUAAAUGUCAACGCCAAUCUCAUUACUGACUAUGGAUUCGAUUCAUUAGCCGCUGUACAGUUGACUGCUUCAAUGAAGCAAAGUUUCGGUGUUGAGAUUGCCCCCGCCUUAUUAUAUGAUGUGCAUACUAUUGCAGAUUUAAGUGGGCAUGUUAAAAAACUACUCCCAAAAACGGUCAUAAAAAAGAAACAAAAAAUUCGUUCCGUUACUUCAAAAAUUUCUCAAAGAAAAGUUAUAACAAUCGAAGAUGAUGGAAAAGAAGCUCCAAUAGUAGUUCCCUUAGCCCCAAAGAAUGUUGUCAAUAAACGCAACGCACCACUUUAUUGCAUACAUCCAUUAUUGGGUAAUGUGGCAAGUUAUGUCUUUCUCGCAAAGAAUCUCGGGAUUUCCCGACCAGUGUAUGGUAUUCAAGCUCCUAGUGAUGUUGAAGCUGACAUAAAAACCUUAGCUCGAAGAUACGUACGCGCGAUUCAAUUACAUCAGCAGACCCAACCAUAUUAUUUAUGUGGAUAUUCUUAUGGUGGGUUACUUGCCUGGGAAAUGGCAAGAAUAUUACAAGAACUUGGAGCAAAAGUUGGUGGACUUUACCUAAUUGAUGCGCCUGCCCCACUUCAAAAAAGCGUUAGCAGAACAUCAUUGGAUGGUGAGGAACCACAUCUUCUUUGGAAAGAUGAUAUUGAAAAAUUAUUAAAUGAUGUCGACUCUCAAUGGAUGAUUCGAUCGGAAAAUGAAGAUCCUGCUAAAAUAGAAGCGUUCAAGAGACAAGUUGGAACUUUAAUCGCUUCGAUGUAUGCAUAUACAUCAGAUCUUACAACUACCGAAUCAGUUCAACAAUUCCCAAUCCAUUAUUGGAGGGCAAAGGAUUACGCAGGAAAAACGAGCUCAUUACUCCUUGAUCAUCCAUUAUUUCAUGAACCGAACUUUGGUUGGGAACAUUACCGAGGAGAAAUCAUAUUCCACCGAAGUAUACCAGGUCAUCAUUACAACGUAUUACGUGAGGAAACAUCCGGACGGUUGGCCAGAGAACUUGAGACAAAUAUGCCAAAUCAAAGUAGAAGAAGCAGCAUGGAUCUUAGACCGCUAAUGUUAGAGAAACUUGCUACAUCAUCACGAAAAAGUUCACCUACCUCUUCUUCAGCUUCUUUUCCAUUGUUCCGUUCAAAUUCAAAAUCAAAGAAUAUGGCCGAAUUAGUAAUGAAUACACAAGUAAAUGAAAAAAAUUAUUCUUUAUUAAUUUUUACCGUUACCGUUACUCAUCUUAAACAAAAAUCAAUCGUAGCGGUGCAUCAUGUUCCGACAUUGGCAAGUUUGUUAGGAAAGAUUCUUCCAAACACGACGAUAUUAUAUCAAGAUGAUUUUUUCAAGAACGAUGACGAAAUCCCAACUGAUCCGGUGACCAAACUUCCAAAUUGGGAUUGUCAAGGGGCAAUAGAUUUCGAUUCAUUCGUAAAAACGCUUCGUCAUUUACGUAAAACUGGUAUUCUUCCACCAACGUUCGUUUCUAAAGAAAGUAAAAAUAACCGUAAUGAGGUUGGAUCUGCCGAAAUAAAUAACUUGGUUAACGAAUUAUCCGAACGAGUUAUGAAUCUAUUAGAAGAAAAUGGUGAAAAGAAGGAUGAAUGGAGUUUUUUGUUCGUUGAUGGGUUUUUGUUAUAUGUCGAUCAAGACGUUAUCAAUGAAUUGGAUAUUAAAUUAUUCGUUAAAACGAAACGUGAAAUAUUAAAACGACGAAGAGAAGCUAGAUCGGGUUAUGUCACCAUAGAAGGAUUUUGGGAAGACCCACCAAAUUAUUUUGAAAAUAUAGUUUGGCCAAAUUAUGUCCAAGCCAAUAAGCAUAUAUUAAUGCAAUCGGGAGAUUUAGAAAAGGAUGAAAAUUUAGUGUCUAAAAUAAUUAAUGAUGAUUUAAUUAUAUUAGAAUCCGAUGACGUUUCAAUGUUGACUAAAAACAUUGAAACAUCAAUAAUGAAAGUUUUAGAUCAUAUUAAGAAAAAAAUUAUCAAGGAAAAUCAUGUGUUGAUCUGUGGAAUCUGA